UAUUUAAGGAGUUGCAGGAAUGGGCUGAGAAUCGCUUUUGCUUUCUCCUCAGACAGGCAUAUUCUUAUCUGAUUUGGAGCAUCACUGAGCUGAAGAGAGAGUAAAGGGGAAAAUCCCCACAGACUCUACCACCACCAUGUGCUACGGGAAAUGCGCACGAUGCAUCGGACAUUCGCUGGUGGGGCUCGCCGUCCUCUGCAUUGUGGCUAAUAUUUUGCUUUACUUUCCCAAUGGAGAAACAAAGUAUGCCUCUGAAAACCACCUCAGCCGCUUCGUGUGGUUCUUUUCUGGGAUCGUAGGAGGGGGCUUGCUGAUGCUCCUGCCAGCGUUUGUCUUCACUGGGUUGGAAGAGGAAGACUGCUGCGGCUGCUGCGGCCACGAAAACUGUGGCAAGAGCUGCGCGAUGCUUUCUUCUGCCCUGGCCGCCCUCAUCGGAAUUGCAGGGUCGGGCUAUUGUGUCAUUGUGGCAGCCCUGGGCUUAGCGGAAGGACCAAGAUGCCUCGAUUACCUUGGCCAGUGGAACUACACCUUCGCGAACACCGAGGGACAGUACCUUUUGGACACCUCCACAUGGUCCCAGUGCAUUGAACCCAAGAACGUUGUGCAAUGGAACGUAACUCUGUUCUCUAUCCUCUUGGCUCUUGGUGGAAUCGAAUUCAUCUUGUGUCUCAUUCAAGUAAUAAAUGGAGUGCUCGGAGGCAUAUGUGGCUAUUGCUGCUCUCGCCAGCAGCAAUAUGACUGCUAAAAAACCAUCCCAAGACAGAACCAAUCCUCCUUUAAUUCAUUGUAAUUUAUAUAUUUUACUUGUUUUAAUUUGUAAAACUUUGUAUUAGUGUAUCAUACUCUACAUAUUCUACUUUUAUAAAUGUGUAUAAAAACUGGCAUCUUCAUGUUAUGUCAGUGUUUGGACUUAGGAAACAAACCUUUUUUAAGGAAGGAGAAAACGAACCACACUCUGGUGGUAAUCUUUACUAGACCGAGUGACAGUCCUCAGCAUAUCUGAGAUAGACUCUGGCCUGAGGUAGUGUUUUUGAGAAACAUUACAAGGAUAAAAAUCACAUUCCAUUUACUGUUGUAUAUAUGUGCGUGUGUUUUUUAAAUGAAAGAUUUCUAGUUGCUUUUUUUUAAGAUCAAGAAGGAGGAAACCCAAGAACCCCAAAAGAUGUGAUUUUUCGCUGUUUAUAUGGUGUUUCCCAUUCGUUUGCCUACAAAUCACUGAUGAAGAGGCCUUUUGAACGGCUGCGUGUUCUGUGAGAGGCAGCUGCUUGCACAGGGGUGGGAGGAUGAUCCUUGAAAAUGCUCCCGGCCAAGUGAAUGAGUCAAAAAAUGCAAAGCUGCUAGUUGCUGCGAGUACUACUUGAUCGUAAAUUUUUCUCACAUGUAGAAAGCCUUUUGUUCUUCAGUAACAAGGACUGAGGGUGCUAUAUUUAAAAAGAAAAAGGCCUGGAUAAUGGGAUGAGAAGAGGAAAUAUGGGAAAUGGAAAAAAACAGUUGAUCAGCUUCAUGGGGGAUAUGGAUGGAGGGGGACCACGGAGGCAAUGCCCCAACAACUCGCUUGUUUAAAUACAAUAAAAUAAAGUAUUUGCUGUUUUUUGU